CUAUGAUAAAGGGCGCUGCUUUCUGCAGGCACGAGCCUGGGGGCUGGACCGCUCCUGCUUCCCCGGUUGCUUAGACACGGAGGAUUCAAUCCUGCCCCCCUUGAACCGCUGGUCCCGGAGGAAGAGGAGUGCUUUCCCUGUAAUGGCUCCUUUACGUCUGCAUGCACCAGUUAAAUCCGCACAAUUUUCGCCUCCCAUCUAAAGGACUGAGUUAACUGUGUGAUGGUUAUAUUACAUAUUAUUUCUAUGAUCUGGAUGCGGUGUAAAAUCUGAAGAAUACGUGUCUUCUGGAGGGAUCGAUGGCGUUCUGCUUGGCGGAGUUACAUCUGUGGUCCACCCGGAGCGGCCUGAACGUCUCGGACACCGAUAUUGGAACAUACCAGUACUACGAUAAGGGAAAACCAGCUACCCUGUUGGAGCAGCACUACUUUCAGGAGAAGCAGCAGUUGGCAGAGGGUCGCGGGUAUUCCUGGACCCCUAAGAACCAGCGUCCUGAGAAGCUGCGGGACUCUCUCAAGGAGCUGGAGGACUUGCUGCAGUCCAGCCCAUAUGUCCACUGGCGAUGGCGGAACGCGCAGACCUGUCAGCUGUUGCUGAGGUCUGGGGUUCUGGUGACCCUGACCCUGACUGGGCCGCAGCUGGAGCGGAUCUCCAUUGACAGGGCCCUAGUGGGCCGAAUACCAGCAGGCACCAUCAGCAAUGCCCUGAUAACGGAGCGUUUCCUUCUCCUCACCUUCAUCGAGAGGAACCAGGUCUGCCUGGUCCAGCUGAACAAACGCGAUCAAGGCUCACCGGAGCUCAGCCGUCGAGUGGAGAAGCUCUCGCCCUCGGAACUGAAGGUCUCCUGCGCCGACCUGCCCGGCCCGGUAGGGCGUCGGCUGGACCGCAGAAUCGGCCUGAACGGCCUGCAGGACAUGGCGGUGUGCUGGUGGCCGGCCGUGGACAAAGAGCCCUGCCUGUGGUCCCCGUUCCCCAGCGAGGGCGACCGGGCCAACUUGGUGUUGCUGAGCUGUGGGGAGGCAGCCGGCGGCCUCAAGGUUCUGAGCUGCGUGCGGACCGAGGGCGACCCGCUGGACUGCUGCUUCAGCCUCCGGCAGCCAUACCACAUCCUCACGCUGGAGCUGGUGGCCGGGGGGGGAGGGGCAGUGCUCAGCUGCAGGUACGAGUGCGCACGCGGACGCCCCCAGCGCCUCUCCACGGACCGCGUGUCCAUAUCUGCGCGGCCCACUUGCUGGUGCCGCGAUCCGGCCGAGGACUCACUGCUGCUGGGCCUGUCCGACUCGUGCCUGGUGCUGCGGGACGCCCGGCGCGAUGCCCGCCAUUCUGCCCGCACGCCCAUUCUGCCCUCACUGGCGGCCUGGCACCCUGCCGGUGCCUUGGUGGCCAUCGCCAGUCCCCAGGGUGAGCUGCAGUGCUUCGACGCUGCCCUGACACCCGUGGGCUUGCGGCUGCUCACAGAAGACCUGGCGCCACCCCCUGGCCCCUCCCUCUGCCUGUCUCGACACAUGAAGGCCUCGGGGGGGCUGGUGGGCCUUCAGUGGGCCACGCCCACGCUACCCGCUGCCCCCGGGACUGACGUCACCCAGGUGUGCGACCUGCUCGGCCUCAGCUUUCAUGGGGGACCCCUGGGAGUGCUACGCUUCAAGCUGGGCGCCUUGACCGGUGGCCAGCUGGGGCCAGCAGAGGUGGUUCAGCAGAGGCUCCGCUGCGGGCAGGUGGAGGAGGCUAUAGGCCUGCUGGGGACCAUGGACUGGAGCAUCAUGGGAGGGGAAUGCUACCGAGUGCUGACCGGCAUCUUGGACCACCUGUUCAGGCUGGAGUUCAAUGCGCAUACAGAGGCUCAGCUAGAGGCUACUCUAGGCAUGUUCUACGCGCCGUCUACGCCUCUGUCGGACAUGGUGAUCCUGGAGUACCGGGACUCCAUCUGCAAGUAUGCCCGCAGAUUCUUUCACCACCUGCUCAGGUACCAGCGAUUUGAGAAAGCUUUUCUACUGGCGGUAGACAUCGGUGCCAGAGACCUUUUCAUGGACAUCCAUUACGUGGCUGAAGAUAAGGGGGAGCUGGUGCUGGCUGAGGUGGCGAUGAAGAAAGCCAACCAGAUCGACGCAGACUUUGCAACCACAGGCCCAGGGGAGGAGCUGCAUUUGCAAGGAACAGGGAGCCCUUCUGUGACUGACAGCGUGACGGAGCAACCCGGAGGCAAGGCAGCGAACCGGAAGCCACCGUCAACAGCCAAUGACAGGAGUCGAGUCCCACCGAGUCCACGCUGUCAGGAAAGUGUGCCUGCCCGUGUGACAGCAGGAAGCCGAGCUCAGAUGGGUGUAUCCUCAAGGAUUGCAACAGGAGACCGAGCCGGACCCCGGACACAAGCAGAAAUUAACCCUGUUGAAGGUGAAGAUCAGGUGACUGGACAAAUGGGGUCCCUGCAAAUUGUUCAUUUUGGUUUAGUGUGAAGAACCACAAACUUGUAAAAGGAAUCGGUCCUCCUGGCAUCCUUCUCAGCGGCCGUUGUAAACCGCAUCUGUUCCGGCCCACAUUGGACCAGCUUAACCAUCACAGCCACGGCAGACAAACGCAACCCCCCCGAUAUGGAACCGAAUAAUGCUUUUAUCAUCAGUCAAAAAUUUAAUCUUAUGUUUGAAAUGUAUAUUUUAUUUAUAAUAAAAGUAUUUUCACUUCUCUAAC